UCGCCUUGGUGUGUCUAAAAAUAUAUUGUGUUGUGGAAAAUCGAAAAACUGGAGAAAUUUGUCGAUUUAGAGAACCAAUAUUUUUUUGUAUUUAUGUCUGCAAAAACGUAGAGACAGUCAUGCAGAAAUGUGAAAGAUCAGAAGCAGAAGUCAGCUCUUCCUCGAUGGUUGAGUUAAAGGCUGAGCUUUUUCGGAAGCAGGAAGAGUACCGGCAGCAGAAGCUGACCUCAAUCGGUGCCGCCUCAACAGGGCUGGGGUUCAUUAAGGGGAAGCAUACAGCCCCCAUCAAGAAACCAGGAUUGUUCAGCAAGCGUAAUGCAGGAGUUAGUGAGCGGGCUGCACGGGAUGUGGAGGAGAGGCAGGAAGAGGAGGAUGUCUUUGAUAAGGCCAGAAAAAGUCUAGAGGCAAAGGCUCUGCUAUAUGAACAGAUGUCACAUGGCAGUGAUAUACCAGAGGAAGACGGCAGUGGAGUGUUCCUCGUUGACUUCCAGAAAAAGGCUAUUGACCGCGUGGUCUCAAGACGAGAUGAGGCUGCCAGACAAGAGGAAUAUGCAGGGAACCAGAAAGGACAGGGAGCCAGUGAUGAGCUUGCAGGAAUGGAGGAUGAGAUGGAGAGGCAGCUGUUGGAACAACCAGUACCUGAGCCACAGACCCCUGAUGAUGAAUGGGUUGACUAUGUAGAUGCCUAUGGAAGGACACGGAGCUGUCUUCGACGAGACUUGCCUGCCUUGCAAAAACAGGAUCUGCAGCUACGGGACAGGAAAAGGGUAAAGGAAGAACUGGAAACAACACGUAGAAAAGACUUUGAAGAGCUCAGAGACCAUAGGGGCGAGGGGUUAAGUCUGAUGUCGGAUGAUAUGCGUCGGGAGUUGGAGCGUCAGGCCUGGGAGAGGCAGGAAACGGAGACCAUGGAGCAGGAGAAACAGGGACCCAUACAUUACGCAGAUGUACAGCAUAAGGAGGUGCGUACCCAUGGUGUUGGGUUCUACAAGUUUGACCGGGAGGAAGAGUCACGCCAGGAACAAAUGGACCAGCUCCACAAACUGCGCGACCAGACGAAGUCUGAACGGAGUAGGAGUGAGCGCGUGAAAGAGAAGAGGAAGGCUGCCCUUGCAGUGCGGCUAGCCAAGGUGAAACAGCGCAAACGGGAGAAGCUGGGGUUACCCCAAGAGGAGGAAGAGGAGAAAGUUAUCUCAGAUGAAGAUGAGAACAUCGGCCCGAAACUAUCAGAGCAGGUGGAGCCAAAGCCCCUGACCCGGGACGACAGCUGGCGGGCCCAUGCGCCUCUAACUCGGGACUGGGACAAGGGAAAACAUGUGACCCCUGAGCAGUCUGAGCAGGCCUGGCUGGAGAAGCAGCGGACAGAGAGGGAGGACGAGUUUGCCCCGCCCACAUUCUACUACAAAACCCCUGGUAACCGUGGAAACAAGGCAGGUGGGCGGUCCUUGGCGGACAUGGAGGCAGGGUGGUCUACAGGCAGAGAGAGCAAGCCAGGGUCAGAUGGUUCUAGUGAUAAUGUCUGCAAGGUAGAGGAAAUAGUUGGGGAAAAGCUUAGUGAACUUAGAGGGGUGUCGCAGGCGAAAAGUGCUGGGCAAGCUGUGGCUGAUGUAUCAAAUGCUGACAAGAUAUCAAACAAAGCGGCACACAGCAACAAUUCCUUUGUUUCUCAAAUACCAAUGCCAGCAGCUAGCAUUCCAGUAGAUGUCAGCAUGCCACCCCCUGGAUUCAACAUGUUCACACCACCACCAGAGGUCAUACCAGCUAAUACUCCAGCCCCACCCUCAGGCCCUCACAUGGCAACUGCGACAUAUGGAUGGAGUGUCCUGCCACCACCACCUCCAACAUGCCCAGCCCCAAUGUCGUGCUACAAUGCCCCAACCCCUGAGGUUCAUCACUACCCUGCCCCAUCAACAGGCUUUAAUGCCCCACCCCCUGAUAUCCGUGUACCACCACCAGGAUACAGUUCUCCAGUUGAACCCAUUGCUACCAGCAACACACAAGCACCAUGCCCUAAUGUUUCAUCAGCGUGUAACCCUAUACCAGGCCAUGGCUAUAGUGUACAAAACUAUGGACAGCAAGGUUCUGAAGUGACAGUGAAAAAGGUUGUGCCAAAGCUGAGUAUAGUUGAUACAAGACUUAUGGAUGGUGAUUAAGGAUGGAGCUGUUCUGUCAUUGAGCUUAUUGGUGUAGCUAUUGCAAUUAUAUUGUUAAAAGCAGUGGACAUUUCAAGUUGUAUUUACAUUUAAUUCUAAUUGUUUCUGAUGAAUUAAAUUAUAAAAAAUGAUUUAUUUGUGCAUCUUACACCAUGAUAAACGGAUAGUGGUGGCAUGGUCUACUGGACUUGGCCAUAUUGUAUAGUAUGGGCCGCAACUAUUUAAAAUAUAGUAUAUAAUACAUACUUUUC